AUGGCAGCGUCUGCAGCCAAUAACUUCAACGGGCUUGUGGGCAUAGCCGGAUCUCCGCCAAGCCUGAACGAAUCCCUUCGGCAGAGCAAUGUCCAGAGGCCGCGUGGAUCAAUCUCCACAGUAUGGGGACAUCAAUAUUUCGCCCUCGGGCAAACCCCUUCCUUGACGAUGAAAUGCGGUCUCCGCUUCGCCUUCAGCAUAGCCUGUCUAAUCCUCAUCUUUCUCUGGUUUCUGAAACAGCACGUCGAAGACAUCCUUGACCAGUACAGCGGGGGAUCCUAUUUUGUUGACUCCUUUAAUGCGCAUUUCCACCCGGAGACUCUCAACUUCCCGCAAGGUUCAACGACAGCCCAAAAUGUUGAAGCGGGGGACAAAAUCAUUGUUAUGGCUAAGCUGGAGGAGGAAGAUACUGAUUGGGUGCAGGAGGAACUUCCAGACUGGCAAAGAGCCAUAUACAUAGUCAACCCAUCCCCGCAAACCCUAAAAGACCCGCAAGCCCUCACUACCCCAGCAAACAAAGGCCACGAAUCAAUGGCCUACCUCUCCUACAUAGUCGACAACUAUGACAAACUCCCCCGCACCGUCGCAUUCCUUCACUCGCACCGAUCGGGAUUACUACAGGCAUGGCACGUCGACGCACCCUUGCACAAUAAUGUCCUCGCAAUGCGCAUGCUGCAGUUGGACUACGUCCAGCGCUCGGGAUAUGUCAACCUGCGCUGUAAGUGGAAUCCAGGCUGUAAAAAGGAACACAGGAUAAAUACACAUGUGACGCAGGAGGUGUGGGAAGAAAUCUUUUGGGGGACAAGCACGCCACCGCGGAAUUCCUCCUCUUCAGCGACGGCAUGGACAACGACGACAGGGGAAGAAGGAGCUGGCGCAGGAGACGACGACAACAACAACCCCUUACCACAGGGUAUGGAAAAACCCAAAGAAGUGGCAGCAGCCUGCUGUGCGCAGUUUGCCGUCUCGCGCGACCAGAUUCGCAAGAGGCCCGUGGAAGACUAUAUCCAUUUCCGCGACUGGAUUUUACAGACGAAGAAGAGCGAUGCGAGCAGUGGGCGUGUCAUGGAAUAUUUGUGGCAUAUUGUUUUUGGGAAGGAUGCUGUGUUGUGA